UUCUUCCCUGCAUGUGCUUGGGCCACUCUAGCAAAAUGUUUCCACUCUGAUUCAUUCGAUUUAUAUCAUAUCACCUCUGCAAUGUGGGACAUCACAAGAACGCGCUUUUGUAUCCCCUUUCCUCAGCUCCAUUCCUAUAUAUAGCCAACUUAUGAACCCAAAUUUCAGUGUGGAUUUUAAAAACUUUCACUUAUGGCAACUUCGAAAGUUCUCACUAUAGUUUUCUUCGUGUUAUUGGGUUUAGGCAUAUGCUCUGCCGCCAGAACACUCCUUAACUAUGGUUCCGAUCACCGCAUUGGCGGUGAUUUCCACGAUGAUGUUGGUGUAGGUGGAGGUUAUGGUGGUGGUGGGGGAUCAGGUGGAGGUGGAGGAGUAGUAGACGGCUAUGGAGGAGGUGCUGGUGGUGGUGAAGGUGCUGGUGGAGGAUAUGGAGCAGCAGGCGGUGGGUAUGGUGGUGGUGGAGGAAAGGGAGGAGGUGGCGGUGGAGGUAGUGCUGCUGAAGGUGGUGGAUAUGGAGGAGGAGCAGGUAAAGGGGGCGGGGAAGGGUACGGUGGAGGUGGAGGUGCAACACAUGGGGGCGGCUAUGCUGGUGGAGGUGGAGGUGGCAAUGGAGGAGGUGGUGGUGGUGGUGCUGAAGGUGGUGGUUAUGGAGGAGGAGCUGGUCAAGGAGGUGGGGGAGGGUAUGGUGGAGAAGGAGCACAUGGGGGAGGCUAUACUGGUGGCGGUGGAGGUGGCAAUGGAGGAGGUCGUGGUGGUGGUGCAGGGGGUGUAGGUGGUGGUUAUGGAGGCGGGGAAAGAGGUGGAGCUGGUGGUGGAUAUGGUGGCGCAAGUGAAGGAGGAUAUGGAGGUGGAAGUGGUGGUGGUGGUGGAGGUGGUGGCGAUGUUGGUGGAGCGCAUGGAGGUGGAUAUGGUAGUGGUGGAGGAGCAGGUGGAGGAUAUGGGGGUGGAGCUGGUGGUGGUGGUGGUGGCGGCUCUGGUGGUGGGGCUGGUGGUGGAGGUUCACAUGGAGGGGGAUAUGGAGGUGGCGCUGGAGGCGGCGAAGGUAGUGGGCAUGGAGGUUAUGACCCUUGAACUCAGAAUUACCUUCUAUGUUAAGAAAGAAUACCAGCACCUCUUAACCAAAGUAGUAACCAAAAUAAGAAAUGGUUACGAGGAAACCCAUAAACUAUUCAAGCAUAAAUUUCGUUGCAUGUAUGUUAAAUUAAUUUUACAUCAUUGAUAUGGAAGAACAAUUGUAUCUUUUUAUAAUAAUAUAUAUUAAUAUGUCCACUGCAUGCUUCUAUAA